UCCUCGCGCGCUAUAAAAGCCGGGGCAGGGAGCGAGGCCAGUCACAGACAUCCUCGGAUCGGAUCAGCCGCGCCGGUCCCCAUUCCCCAACCUCCCUCCGUGGCUUGAGCUUCUGGAAGCGAAGCGAAGCACCAUGUUCGGCCACCACCACCACGGCCACGAGCACGGCGGCAACCAGCCCCCGCCGCAGGACCAGACGCUGUUCAAGAUCUUCUGCCGCGUCGACGAUGGCUACUGCCUCACCGUGCGCCACGACGCCGUCGUGCUCGCGCCCAUCAACCCGCGCGACGAGUUCCAGCACUGGUACAAGGACAUGAGGCACAGCACCAAGGUGAAGGACGAGGAGGGCCACCCGGCCUUCGCGCUCGUCAACAAGGCCACUGGACUCGCCAUCAAGCACUCGCUCGGCCAGUCCCACCCGGUGAAGCUGGCGCCGUACAACCCUGAAUACGAGGACGCGUCGGUGCUGUGGACGGAGAGCAAGGACGUCGGCAAGGGCUUCCGCUGCAUCCGCAUGGUCAACAACAUCCACCUCAACUUCGACGCCUUCCACGGGGACAAGGACCACGGCGGCGUCCACGACGGCACCACCGUCGUGCUCUGGGAGUGGUGCAAGGGCCACAACCAGAGCUGGAAGAUCCUGCCAUGGGGCGACGAGGCCUACGCACCGCCGCCGCCGCCACCGGCCUACGGCGCCGGCAGUGGCUACGCGUACCCGGGAGGCAGCCGGGGCCCGUACCCGCCUGGGCACCAGGAGCCUGGCUACGGGUACCCUCCCCCGCCGAGCGGCCCCGAGGGCUACGGGGCCCCGCCUGCCCACCAGGAGCCCGGCUACGGCUACCGCCCCCCGCCCGGUGGCCCAGAGGGCUACUACGCGCCGCCGCACCACCACCAGGAGCCUGGCUACGGCGGCUACCGCCCCCCGCCGCCGGGGAACACCGCCCCGGGAUACGGCGGGGAGUACGGGUACAGCAACCUGCCCCGUGCGCUGGCGUCGGAGUCCACCGUGCGCGUCUACUGCAAGGCCGGCGACGGGUACAGCCUGACCGUAAGGAACGGCAACGUGUGCCUUGCACCAACCAACCCCAGGGAUGACUUCCAGCACUGGGUGAAGGACAUGAGGCACAGCACCAGCAUCAAGGACGAGGAGGGGUACCCGGCGUUCGCGCUGGUGAACAAGGUGACCGGCGAAGCCAUCAAGCACUCCCUGGGACAGAGCCACCCGGUCCGCCUGGUGCCCUACAACCCUGAGUACGUGGACGAGUCGGUGCUGUGGACGGAGAGCCGCGACGUCGGCCAGGGCUUCCGCUGCGUGCGCAUGGUGAACAACAUCUACCUCAACUUCGACGCCUUCCACGGUGACAAGGACCAUGGCGGCGUCCACGAUGGCACCACCGUCGUGCUCUGGGAGUGGUCCAAGGGCGACAACCAGCGCUGGAAGAUCCUCCCCUGGUAGAUGAAGCCAAGCGUGACGUUGAGAGGACCGGCCAGAGGAACCUUGCUGCUGCUGUCUUGCCAUCCGGCCGCUUCUUCAUGUUGAUCGAGUCGUCGUCGUCGUUCUAGUAUCUUCUUCGCAUUAUCGGUUUUCAAUAAAAGCUCCCCAGCAGCGACGAUGUCAUCAGAUCGUGUCGCUCUUCCCUGCUGGCUUUAGUUUGUGUUUGGUCUUCUCCUUCUGAAAGACAUGAAUUUGAGGAUGUUGAUGAUGAGUUUCAGACUUUGCCGAUUCGUGACGCCUAUGCAUGUACCUGUCUAUCUCCUCCUUAAAGACAUGCAUUUGAGGAUGUUGAUGAUGAUCUUGCGUUCUCUUGUUU